CACACUUGUGACUUGCAGACAGUUUGAUGUUCAGCUGCAUUAGUGACAGAAAACUGCGAAGAUGCAUUUAUGCACAUUUCUUUUGCUGAGUUUGGCUUGUUGGCCAGCAUCAUCUAUGCCCCUAUCAGAUGUUGGCAUUAAUGAGGAAUGGAAGGACAUUCCAGAUGUAAACAAAGGGUUAAAUCUCAGAGAAGGAGACAUCAAGAUGCCUAAUCGAAGAAAUGCCAUUCUUGGGAAUCGGUGGAAUAUUCCCGUCCCCUAUGAGCUGAGCGUGAAUCUCAGUGUGAACUAUAAAGGAGUCAUUUUGAGAGCCUUUGAGCAGUUCAGAUUGAAAUCAUGUAUUGACUUCAAGCCCAGAGCAGCAGGAGACAUUUCUUACGUCUCUGUGGAGAGUCGUGACGGGUGUUGGUCAUAUAUCGGUCGUGCAUUUACUGGACGUCAGACUCUUUCCAUCGGAAAUGGCUGUGGAUUUAAAGCCAUUGUUGAGCAUGUGUUUCUCCAUGCACUGGGAUUUUUGCAUGAGCACUCAAGAUAUGACAGAGAUGAUUAUGUGACCAUUAACUUUGAAAACAUCAUUACAGGUUAUGAGCACAAUUUCAAUAAAUACAGUGAGAACCAGACCACCACUCAAGACACCCCAUAUGACUACUACUCUGUGAUGCAUUAUGAUAAAAAUGCCUUCAGCAAUGGUAAUGGAUCCACAAUCAUUACCAAGCGACCUGAGUUCCAGGAUGUGAUUGGUCCACGCCUGGACAUGAGUGAAUAUGAUGUGAUUGAACUCAACAAACUGUACAAAUGCAAUUCAUCCAUCUCUUUCCUCGAUCACUGUAGUUUUAAUGAUGAAUCUCUGUGUCAGAUGAGCGUCUGUUCUGCUGCUGAUUAUGGCUGGAAGAGAGUGAAGUCAGUGAGUGGCAUUAAUGUGACUGACCAUACAUACUUGGGCAAGGAACAAAAUGGGACGUCUUUCUUCAUGCACUUCAGCACUGAGGGCAAAAACAAAGGGGACGCAGCCAGAAUGGAGAGCAAGACAAUGACCCCUAAAAGAGACUGCAAAGUCCAGUGCCUGCAGUUCUACUACUAUCACAGUGGUCAUGAGUCUGACCAGCUCAAAAUCUGGAUCCGAGAGUACCAGAAUGAAACAGACAGCAAAGGAACUCUCAGGCUUAUGGAUCAAAUCACAGGACCCCCUGGUAAUUACUGGAAGCUGCAUCAUGUGCCACUAAAUGCAAAUAAAACCUUCCAAGUUGUAUUUGAAGCCCGUAAAGGCGCUGGAAACUCCAGUGGCGGAUUUUCACUGGAUGAUAUCAAUAUUUCAGAGACUGAGUGUCCCCACACAUGGCAGAUAAGAGACUUUAAGAAAGUUUUGAACAACAGUGAGUUUGGCACUGUGAUGUACAGUCCAUUGUAUUACUCCAGUGAGGGUUAUCGCUUUCAGGCUGCAUUAUGGGUGUGGAGGAAGAACCUUUAUAUAUUUUUUCAUCUGGUAUCUGGUGUAUAUGAUGACCAGUUGCAGUGGCCUUGUCCAUGGAGACAAAUAACCUUCCAGAUGCUUGACCAGAACCCACACAUACAGAAGCGCAUGUCCUUUGAGCAAAGCUUCACCACUGACCCUGAUUGGGCUUCUUCCAAUGUCAGUUAUUACUGGGACAAUCCUCGAAAAGGUGGAAAUCAAGUCGUCAUUGGCAAUGAGUCUGUGUUUGUGGGUACUUGGAUUUAUUCGUUUUACGUAAUGAAAGAAGAUCACACUAGAAGAGAGUUUAUCAAAGGUGGUGACAUCAUAUUUCUCUUCAGCAUGCAAGACAUCUCAGAGCUUCUUCAGAAGGACUCUCUACCCUGCCCUGAAUUGACAGUGAAAAACUUCAGCGUUACUCCUGAUGCGAGUGCCCAACAGGGACCAUGUGUUCCACGUGAAUAUGUGGACAUAUGUUGCAAUUCUGGUGCCAAGAUGGCUUCCUCUCUGAUCAUCUUGAUGGUUUGCUUUCUUUUGCUAGUGAGUUAAUCAUGAAAAAUCACUAUUAUCAGCCUUAUGUCUGACUACACAAGAGUUCAGUGCCAAAGAACUGCAUCUAUCUUCAGCUUUUUGCUACAUGUAUAUGAUCAUUAAGCGCAUUGUUGUGCAUUGU